CCCCCCUCCUUCCCAUUUAACCAAAUCUGUCAUACUAUUCUAAUCCCAAUUCCAAUGUAAUCGAUCACCCUCCUCUUCGCCCUAUUAAUACCCUCCUCCGUCUCUCCCCAAUCCCCUACCACAACCGUCUCCAUCUCUCCUUCGCAGAAGGAUUUCUUUGACGUCCCCGGUCGCCAUGAACGCCCUCGCCGCCACGAGCCGCAACUUCCGGCAGGCCGCCCGGAUCCUCGGCCUCGAUUCCAAGCUGGAGAAGAGCCUGUUGAUCCCCUUCAGGGAGAUCAAGGUGGAGUGUACGAUCCCCAAGGAUGAUGGCACCUUGGCUUCGUACGUUGGGUUUAGAGUCCAGCAUGACAAUGCCCGUGGGCCGAUGAAGGGAGGGAUUCGGUAUCACCACGAGGUUGACCCUGAUGAGGUAAAUGCUCUGGCUCAACUCAUGACAUGGAAGACAGCUGUAGCAGACAUACCAUAUGGUGGAGCAAAGGGUGGAAUUGGAUGUUCCCCAAGUGAACUAAGUAAGAGUGAGCUGGAACGCCUGACUCGUGUCUUCACACAGAAGAUUCAUGACCUUAUUGGAAUUCAUACAGAUGUUCCAGCACCCGACAUGGGAACAAAUGCCCAGACGAUGGCUUGGAUCCUAGACGAGUACUCCAAGUUCCAUGGACACUCGCCAGCUGUUGUGACAGGAAAGCCAAUAGAUCUUGGUGGAUCCUUAGGUAGGGAAGCUGCUACAGGACGAGGUGUCAUAUAUGCAACUAAGUCUUUAUUGGCUGAACAUGGGAAAUCUAUUUCAGGAUCGACCUUUGUUAUCCAGGGUUUUGGAAAUGUUGGCUCAUGGGCUGCACAAAUCCUUCACGAGGAAGGGGGCAAGGUGAUUGCAAUUGGAGAUAUUACUGGUGCUAUCAAAAAUCCUAAUGGCAUAGACAUUCCUGCUUUGAUUAAGCAUAGAAGUGAGGGUGGUGCUGUGAAGGACUUCAAAGGGGCAGAUCCACUGGAUAAGGACGAGUUGCUUGUGCAUGAAUGUGAUGUUCUCAUUCCUAGUGCCUUGGGUGGUGUACUGAACAGGGAUAAUGCUGCCAAUGUGAAGGCUAAAUACAUUGUUGAAGCUGCCAAUCAUCCAACUGAUCCUGAAGCAGAUGAGAUAUUUGCCAAAAAGGGCAUUCCAGUACUACCUGACAUUUAUGCAAAUGCUGGGGGUGUAACUGUCAGCUACUUCGAGUGGGUUCAGAACAUCCAAGGAUUCAUGUGGGAUGAAGAGAAGGUGAACAUGGAGCUUCACAAGUACAUGAGGAGUGCUUUCAACAAUAUCAAGGCAAUGUGCAAGACCCAUGACUGCAACCUUCGCAUGGGAGCAUUUACCCUGGGCGUAAAUAGGGUUGCUCGUGCAACUCUCCUGAGGGGCUGGGAAGCAUAGGAAAUGCACUUUGAUUCUACUUAAAUCAAUCAAUGGAUUUGGCGGAAAAAAACCGAAAGGUUUCCAUUCUCAUAAUUCACUACCAUUUUUUUUUCUAGUUUACAGGAACAUUGAUGCAUACACCAUUCUCAAUAGCACCUCUGCAAGUUAGCGUGAACAUUUAAAUGCAGAGCAAUAUUUUACAUUUUGUUUCUCCAUUAUAUGUUACUAAAAUUGAUUAUGUGGCCACAAGGUGAUGCUUGUACUCGUUCUUUCGACUCAAACACCUCUUGUUACAAAUGAGUUAUGAAAGCUUAUAUUUGUGAUGUA